GUUGAGCACCGCCGUUUGAGACGCCCUACUUCCCUUUCCCCCCUCUGACCCUCUCCCUCGCCAAAACAGCUCCCUCCCAAAACGCCCGCCUGAAAAUGGCGGGCCUAGGCGGCGCCGGCGGCUGGGGCGGCUUGGACGACGAUGACUGGGGCCUAAGCGAGGAGCAGUACGCCAAGCUCGAGCAGGACGCCUACCGCGCGAUUGCGGAGCGCAAGGCCUCCUCUUCCGCCGCCUCCACCGCCCCCGCAAUCUCGCCGCUCCCCCACCGCGCCCUAUCGCCGGCGGCCACGGUCUCUUCGCCGCUCAGGAACGAGCACCCCGCCUCCAGGGUCUCCCUGGAGUCUCGCUUCGGCAAGGUUAGGGUUUCCUCUGUUCUUUUGCUGUUUGGGAGAGUUUCUCUUGCUGACCGUGUUGCAUUGAGAAUUGAAAUUCUAUGGAUUGGAAGCCUUGUUAAGUACAACUUUUCUUGUCAAAAGAUGGUAGAAUCACUUUCACCUUCUCGGCUUAGUCAACCAAACGCAGGGAAUCAUAGUCAGGGCAGUUGGCCUAAGAUAUCUAUACAUCUUUUCCUUCAUUCUAGUGGUGUGAUUGCAGCGAAGUUCCCUUAUAACCAGAAACUCGUGGGUGCAUUUCACAAGAUCCCGAAAGCUAGCUGGAAUGGAAAAGAAAGGGUGUGGAUGUUCCCUCCGACAUCUUUAUCAAUAGCGGAGGAAGUUCUUCAUGCCGUACCUGGAUUAGUUGUUGAGGUUCAAAAAUUGGACCCGUUAGUUCAGCGGGCUUUUGCUGCUGCUGUAGCUGCCAAAGAUCUUCGAGGUUUGUAUGACAAGAUUCCAACGGAUGUCGAGUCGAAGCUUAUGCCCUUUCAGCGUGACGGAGUCAGGUUCGCUUUGCAACAUGGGGGCAGAGUGCUGAUAGCAGAUGAAAUGGGUCUUGGAAAGACAUUGCAGGCAAUUGCUGUUGCUUCUUGCCUUCAUGAUGCCUGGCCAGUUCUUGUUAUCUCUCCAUCUUCAUUGCGAUUACAUUGGGCUUCUAUGAUUCAGCAGUGGCUCAACAUCCCUACGGAAGAUAUCCUGGUGGUGUUACCACAAACUGGAGGAUCAAAUAAGGCAGGAUUCAGAUUGGUAUAUUCAAACACCAAAGGAGAUUUUCACUUGGAUGGGGUGUUCAAUGUCAUAUCUUAUGAUGUAGUUCCCAAGAUACAAAGCACACUUCUGGACUUGGAUUUUAAGAUAAUUAUAGCUGAUGAGUCACACUUCCUGAAGAAUGGCCAAGCGAAGAGAACAAUCGCUUCACUUCCUGUUCUGCAGAAAGCUCAAUUUGUGGUUUUGCUAAGUGGAACGCCUGCCUUAUCUCGCCCCAUCGAGUUGUUUACUCAGCUCCAGGCUUUAUAUCCUACUGUCUACAAUAAUGUAAAUGAGUAUGGCAAUAGAUACUGCAAAGGUGGAUAUUUUGGGUUAUAUCAAGGCGCUAGCAAUCAUGAGGAGCUGCAUAAUUUGAUGAAAGCAACCGUCAUGAUCCGCAGGUUGAAGAAAGAUGUUCUUUCAGAGUUGCCUGUUAAGCGUAGGCAACAGGUCUUUCUAGACUUAAGUGAGAAAGAGAUGAAACAUAUCCGCGCUCUUUUUCGUGAGUUGGAGACUGUCAAGAUCAAAAUGCAGUCAUGUGACUCACAGGAGAUGAUUGACUCUCUGAAAUUUAAUCAAAAGAAUAUUAUCAAUAAGAUCUAUAAUGAUUCGGCUGAAGCCAAAAUUCCAGCAGUGCUUGAUUACCUGGCCACUGUAAUUGAGGCUGACUGCAAAUUCUUAAUAUUUGCACACCAUCAACCCAUGAUUGAUGCUAUUCACCAACAUCUCUUGAAAAAGAAAGUCAAAUGUAUAAGAAUUGAUGGCCAAACACCUGUAGUUGUAAGGCAAAAUUUGGUCAUGGAUUUCCAGAACAAGGAUGACAUCAAGGCAGCAGUGUUAUCCAUCAAAGCUGGAGGUGUGGGGCUAACUUUGACAGCAGCAAGUACAGUUAUCUUUGCUGAGUUAUCAUGGACUCCAGGUGACAUUAUUCAAGCAGAGGAUCGUGCCCACCGGAUUGGUCAGGUUUCUUCAGUGAACAUAUAUUACCUUCUCGCAAACGACACAGUAGAUGAUAUUAUAUGGGAUGUUGUUCAAGGCAAACUUGAGAAUUUGGGGCAGAUGCUGGACGGGCAGGAGAAAACGCUGAAUGUCUCGCAGAGUGAAACAAGACCAAGCCCCUCGAAGCAGAAGACGCUUGACACCUACCUCAAGCGGUGCAGCACUUCCACGGAAACCCAGCCCAGCCCGAAAAGCCGCAGGAUUGGUCCUGCCGUGUAUCACCGUCGUAAACAAAUGCGGUGCCUGGUAUCUGACGUAUGGGUGCUCCCAUCAUGCACGAGCCGAGCUCUUCGAUCAGCUAGCCGCGCGCUUGCACCAGCAAGAGUUGCACCGGUCGAUCACAAAUUCACAAUGCAAGGCCUCGCGCCAUCUUCAAGGGUUGUCGUGCUCGCGACGUUUUUCCUGAUCGGUUUCGGCGUGGCCGCCGCCGACGGCCGGAGGAGGCUCGUCUCCGGCAGCCCCGACGAGCCGUGCAGGCAGAUGACGCUCUACUACCACGACAUCCUCCACGACGGGGCCAACAACACGGCCAACGCGACGUCGGCGGCGGCGACGAGCCCGCCGGCGCUGAGCAACGACACCUACUUCGGCAUGCUGGUGGUGUUCGACGACCCGGUGACGGAGGGCCAGGCGCUGCCCGCCGGGGCCGAGGAGGAGCCGGCGGCGCGCGCGCAGGGGUUCUACUUCUACGACGGGAAGGGGUCGUUCAACGCGUGGUUCGCCUUCUCGCUCGUGUUCAACUCCACGGCGCGCAGGGGCACCCUCAACCUCAUGGGCGCCGACCUCAUGGGCGAGGAGACGCGGGACAUCUCCGUCGUCGGCGGCACCGGCGACUUCUUCAUGGCGCGCGGCGUCGCCACGCUCCGCACCGACGCCGUCGAGGGGUUGCUCUACUUCCGCCUGCAGAUGGACAUCAAGCUCUACGAGUGCUACGUCUGAGGCCCUGAAUAUCACCUGAUGAGAUCAUGGG